AAAUAUAGAGAUUGGAUUAUUAAAAGUAAAUUUGAAUGGCAUACGUUAUCGAAAGAAUAUGAAAGGAAAAAUGUUUCAAAUAAAGAUGCGGAAAAAUAUUUAAUCAAAUUUUCAAAGAACAAUGAUGCUAAAGUAAGUUUAUUAUUGGAUAAAUGUGAUGCUGAAUAUUCAAAAUAUUGUGAUUGUAAACAUACUACUACUCUCGUUAAAAGUGUUUUGAAUGGUAAGGACAAUACAAGUAAGGAAGAACGUGAAACUAUUGAUUUAGAUGAUUUUUCUAAAUUUGGAUGUGAUAAAAAU